CCGGUAUGAGAUUCGUUUUUUCCAGCCGGGGUGAUCCCGCAAAAUGCAGGACUGAUGGCAACCCUAUUUUCAACAGGAGCUGACUUAAUUGAGGCAUUAGGAGGCAGAAGACGUCAGUUUGAAGAGAGCCUCCAUCAGAACAACAUCAAUUCUACUAAAAUUGAAGCAAGAACUAACAUCAAAUUCACGGAGACGCUUGUGUAGAAGAACGGUGUCAGUGCCAACUGGGAAGUCUCUACCUGAACAAGUUAAGAUUGUUGAGGUUGGGCCUAGAGAUGGCCUGCAGAAUGAGAAGACUGUAGUUCCUACUGAGGUGAAAAUCGAGCUCAUCAACAUGCUGUCAGAAGCUGGACUUCCUGUCAUCGAAGCCACAAGUUUUGUCUCCCCAAAAUGGGUCCCGCAGAUGGCAGACCAGGAAGAGGUGAUGCGAGGAAUCCAAAGACGACUGGGAGUUCGCUACCCUGUGCUCACUCCUAACCUGAAGGGAUUCCAGGCAGCACUGAAUGCCGGUGCUGAGGAGGUGGCUGUUUUUGGAGCAGCAUCUGAGCUAUUCAGCAAGAAGAAUAUCAACUGCUCAGUGGAAGAGAGCCUGCAGCGCUUUGAAGAAGUCGUUAGAGCAGCAAAAGCAGCCAACGUGACAGUGCGGGGCUAUGUAUCGUGUGUCCUUGGAUGCCCAUAUGAAGGACAGGUGUCCCCAGAUAAAGUGGCUCAGGUAGCCAAGCGCCUGUACAGCAUGGGCUGCUAUGAAGUGUCUCUGGGUGACACCAUCGGGGUGGGAACUCCAGGCAGCAUGCGGGCGAUGCUGAGUGCUGUGAGCUCCCAGGUGCCGCUGGGCGCGCUGGCUGUGCACUGCCACGACACGUACGGCCAGGCGCUGGCUAACAUCCUCACUGCCCUGCAGAUGGGGGUGAGCGUAGUGGACUCCUCUGUGGCAGGACUGGGAGGAUGUCCGUAUGCCCAGGGGGCUUCUGGGAACGUGGCCACUGAAGAUGUGGUGUACAUGCUGCACGGCCUGGGAAUCCACACUGGUGUUGACCUAACCAGGGUUAUGGACGCUGGAGCCUUCAUCUGCCGCUCACUCAACCGCAGGACCAACUCGAAGGUGGCCCAGGCCUCCUGCAAACUCUAAGCCUCCCCAUCCAUGGGCACCACCACCUUCUGCCCUGUAGUUAUUCUGUAUAGAACACAUCAGAUUUAUACGAGAACCAGUCAAGGCCUGCGUAAAUAUGGAGAUAUUCAGGAAAAUACUAUGAUUUUUGUAGUGGUCAUCUCAAACUUUCCAACAUCGAUUUUCAGAUGUAAAUAUAUUUUGUAGGUCUGUCAUUUUAUUGGGAAAUAUUAGAUGUCAUGCAUUGAUCUUUGUGCUUAUGAGUGGAUGUUGCCAUUACAGACAGAAAUCGUUUGGUGAAUUUGGUAUCUGAGUAAUGAGUAAUAAGCCCAUAUCAAACCUUCCUUUUUUAGGGAAGAUUGUUGAAAAGGUUGUUUUUCAGCAACUUAGUUCUUUCAUGGUGCAGAAAAAUAUCUGCAAUGCUUUUCACUGGAUUUCAAUAACACAGGAUUGAGACUGCACUUGAUAAAGUUUUAAAUUACAUCUAUCUGAGCAGUGAUGAAUCAAACAUCUCCGUUUUGGUAUCACUGGAUCUCAGUGCUACAUUCAACAUGGUUGACCAUAAGCUAGACAAGUGAGAAAAGUGGGUGGGACUUUUUGGCAGAGUGUUAUACUGGUUUGAAUCAUGUUUACGAGAUAGGGACUCCUGUGAGUCUAGGUAAUUAUGAAUUCCUCAAGGGUCCAUCCUUGGGCCUCUUCUAUUCAACAUGUACAUGCUCCCCCUUGCUCAGAUUAUGGAACACUGUAACAUCUCCAUAACCAUAAAUGCAGAUGACGCACAGCUCUACAUUACAGUGUCACCACAUGACCAUAGUCUCUUAGAGUCACUAAAUACUGAAGGAGUCAAUGAGUGGAUGUGCCAGGAUUUUCCACCAUACAGAAAAAUCUUUGUAUUUGGGUCCAAACAGGAAGGAUUAGUACUUAGUGCUCAGCUUGAAUCCAUGACAAUAAAACCUACAAAUCAA